CACCAAAGCAGAAACAUAAAGGGGGCAUGUCUAAGCAUCUCGAUGAUCUCCAGAGGAGAUCCGAUCUUCAGAGGAGCACCAAUCUCCUCGAGGCGGGUGGUUCUAAUGAGCCAGAUGACACACCUGACCAUGUAGAUCCGACGUUACCGGUGGUUGAGAUGAUGACGACAUCAUCCUCCCAGCCUGAAGGUUCUACAUCAAAGAGAAAGGGUCGGGGCAAAAAUAGAAACACGACCCUCUCGAACUUGAGUUCGGGUGAGAAAAUAACAAUAGAAUUCUCACCAAAUGGGAGAGUGUGUUGCGACAACGACACUACAUGGUCUAGACAUAUUGGGAUCGUAGUUCGGGAUCCGACUAUGAUAUCACAUCAUCUCUUACAUUGGUUAGACUUGAGCUUCACCGACAUAGAGCAUCUUUGGAAGUCGGUAACGUGUCGGAACAUAUUGAGUAUUAUCGGAAACAUAUAAUGGAACAUGUUAAGGUGGUUUGGGAUAGGUAUCGAUGUGAUAUCAACCGGAAUCACGUUAAAGCUCAUAAUGGGGAUGUAGCAUCCAUCAAAGCACACAAACACAAUGAAUAUA